UUCAUUUCUAACUGAUUAAAGCGUGAAAUUCAUUCAUAACUAACCACUUUCAUAAUGAACCCUAGCUGCUACUCCUAUUAAUGGCAAAAUUCCUUCUCUGGAAAAACAAGAAAGUAUCCACAUUUAUUUCAACACUUCUCAUAAAGAGAAAUUGAAAUUAAUUUUGCAUUUCCCCAAUUUCAUCACCAAUUGCAGAAGCUUUUUAUUGCGCAGUAUUCGAGGAAUUUGAACCUGAAACGUUAGGGUUCUAAACCUACUUUACUGACCACUAGGUCACGUCCUUUGGUUGGGGUGUGGGCAUUGGAGUUGGUAGAGGAAGACGUAGAGGCAAUUGACUUACAAAAUCAUGAGUUACUUCCGGGCAUUCUUGAACAGUCCUGUUGGUCCUAAAACAACUCACUUUUGGGGUCCUAUGGCCAACUGGGGAUUUGUCAUUUCUGGAGUGAUGGAUUCACAGAAGCCCCCUGAUGCAAUAUCUGGCAACAUGACUUCAGUGCUAUGUGUGUAUUCACUAUUGUGUAUGAGAUUUGCAUGGAUGGUACGUCCUCGCAAUUAUCUUCUUCUGGCUUGCCAUGCUUCAAAUGAGUCAGUGCAGCUCUAUCAACUCUCACGUUGGCUAAAGCAUCAGCGGUACUUGUCUCAAAAGGAAGAGAACGUUUCUUCAUGACAUAAAGUUCCGUUCUUCUCAUCAUCCAUCAAUUCGACAAUCAAAAAAGAAAUUGUAUCAUACUGCAAAAGAGUUGGUUAUCUGUGUGGCAUCGAUUGUACAACAGUGUCAAAUGGAUGGAAUGACGCAAAACGCUGACAGACGAUAGCUCUGAUGUCUCCUAUCGAUCUGAUAAUGGAGCACCAGGAUAUUAACAAUUCAACUAUGAUUAGCUUGAGUUAAACAUUUAUGUUACAAUUUGCUACUAUUAUUGUUCAAUGACACAUGCUCCUUAUCGUCUUGCUUUCUGGAUCUCGUAUGCUUCUGUUUAGUUUUGCAGUAAAAAUUGAUCGUUGUAACACCUUGAUGGAGCUUUUUUUGUUCCUGUAUUCAUCAAAAGCUACAUAAAAGAUCAUCAAUCGAAGUGA